ACCAACUUCACGUCACAGGGGGGUUACAUAUCCUGGGGACGACAACCGCGCAUCCGUCUCCCCAUCUUCAACCAGAUGCCACCACCCACUUCAGGCGGCCGAUAAUCGCCAUGGCCGUACAACUAGAUCCUCCCGAUAAAUCCUCAUGGUCGCUCCGUAAUGUCGCCUCUUUACCUCCAAAAUGGCUGCACAAGUAUGAAGACUUCGUCACCAAGAAUGCCAGCCAGGUGUCGCAGAUUGAAUCGACCCUGCGCUCACUGACCUACAUCAUCCCCGGCCGAUUCCGCGACGCCGAGAUCGCAUCCGAGUCGAUCCACUCGGGCGUCCAGCUUCUCUCACUCUACCACGACACGCUCCUCCUCCGGGCCUCCGCCAGCCUCUCCAAGUCGCCCUCGCCCGCCCCCGCGCGGGCCGCGCCCUCGGUGCACGGGCGGUACACGCGGUUCUGGGCGCUCAAGAGCGGCGCGUACCGGCGCGUCGCCUACCUGCUGCAGGUGGUACAGUACACGGAGCUGCUGUGCGAGAUGGCGGCCAAGCGCCGCGGCGAGCGCGCCCGCUGGCGCGUCGUCAUCCUGCUCGAGGCCGUCAAGGCCCUCUGCCGCCUGCUGCUGCUGCGCAUCACCCGCUCCCGCCCCCUGGUCUCGCCGCCGCUGCCCGAGAGGGAGCCCAUCCCCGAGCCCGCCGAGGACGACGAGGACUCGAGAGCCGCGCUGGCGGAGCUGAUGGGGGAGGAGACGAGGGAGGAGGAGGACGAUUCACUAGCCGCAUCCUCGACCACAGACCACCUCGGCAAGACAGCAGCACCGCCAAACGGCCGGCCAGUCAACCCCAACACCCAGGCACACACCCACACCCGGGAAUGGCACAUGCCCCGCACGGGCAUGUCGCUGCCCUCGCUCCCCGACGCGGGCGACAUCUCGUCGUACCUCCUCGCCCGCGUCCUCGCCGCCGACGACGUCAAGCCCGCGACGCGCCUCCUGAACCGCCUGCGCGGGCCCUCGGCCCACGCCGCCGAGGUCCUGCACAUCCUCGCCCCGCUGGCCUUUGCCGCCGCGCUAGCCCGCAGCAACAGCAACGGCAACAGCAGCAGAACAAACGGCAGCAAAAAAAAUAACUGGUACCCCUGGCUCCUCGGCUUCGGCCUCGAGCUGGCGGCUCGCCAGCUGCGGGACCAGCAGGGCCUGCGCACGACGGCGCUGGAGAGGGACGAGUGGGGCCGGAGGGGCAGGGCGAUGCUGUGGUGGGCGAUGAGGGGACCCGCGUACGAGAUGUUUGUCAAGGGCGCCGUCGGCGGUGUGAAGAGGAGGGUCCCCGGCCUGGUGGCGGGCAUCCUCGAGGACUACGAGUACCUCUGGGAGAACUACUACUUCAGCACGAGUCCGUGAUGGUGAGGUUGGCUAGGACGUGUGCUGUGCUUGGCGAUGGUUGGCUUUGGGCCGCGAUGUAUUAUUAUACCACCGUACCACCCCCGUGGAUGUUUGAUUGAUGCAGCGGGAUCAUGACCCCUGACAGCCCCCCCAUUCGGUUGGAUUUCAGGAUCUUCUGCCUGUCUGUGCUUGAUAUCCACGUCUGUCAACACUGCCUUUCCCAUGUCCGCUCUCACACAGCCGUCCUCUUCUGUUCACCUCUUCCACCUCGGUCACUCUCCGCCUCCAUCCUCACCGUCCACCUCCCCCUCCUCCUCCCCUUCCUCCUCUUCCCGUUCAUCCUCCUCCACCUCCUUCUCCUCCCUUCCUUCCCCUUCCAAAGCCGUUUCCUCCAAAG